AAAAAUAUGGAGGAGGAAUUACACCGUGAUCUUGAGGAAAUAAUGGCUGAUUUGGAGGAGAUGCAGAGUGAGGAAGCGGUCAAAACACCACCUAAAAAACAAAAAAGAAAAAAGAUUGAUCAUAAACUUAGGUGGAAAAAAAGAGACCAAGAAGGAUUCUUGGUCUAUGAGAAGCGCAAACCAAAGAGAGACCGAUCUGGAAAACCAGUUGCCUCAACCAUUGUCUCUUCAAGUAACCCUCAAGAAGUUGAGCUCGAUACUGCAAGCACAUCUGAAGCCUCAACUUCCAAACAACAUUUUGGAGAUGUAGAUGCACAACAGAUUAUUGAUUUACAACUACAGCAACUCCAAAAUGCAAUGGAGUGUGAUGAACCCAGAUCAGCAGCAUCUCAUGAUUGGGCAUUGAGGCAAACCUUGUCUGAAGAACGCUGGGAGGAAGCAAGGCCAAAACUCCUUGAUAGUUUGCUUGCUUCAGACUGUGUGCAUUAUGGUCCUUGUGAUCACUGCAGCUUGAAACAAGCAGUCAUCAGAUGCAAGGACUGUUUCCCGAAACCCCGUUACUGUGGCCAGUGUGACAUUUCUAUGCAUCAACAUCUUGUUUUUCACAACCGAGAGACUCUUAUAGAUGGAUUCUAUAAACCUCUCCCACCAUCAACUGCUGUGCAAGACCUAAGUGGCCAAAAUGUCAUAUAUGAACAAGGUAAGAAGUACUUGAAAGCUUAA